CACAAAAAUCGAACCAAUUUGUAAAGCCCUAGAAAUUGAUCGACAACAAUGUGAUCAAGCUAUGAUCUCGGUUGGCUUUAAUGGUCUCGAUUCUCUGCUCAUAUAUACACAAUUGUUAAAGAAAGCACUUUUAGAAAUCGAAGAUGACGAUAGAAAAUUUCUCAAAGACCUGGCUGAAUAUUGUCGUGAACAGGAUGAUAUUCUUGAAGAUCAAAUUAAACAAGUUGAAAAUGAAUAUCGUAAUCAUACGCCAAUAUGGUGGUAUACAGCUGAAACAUUUAUUUAUCCUAUGCUUAAUCGUGGACCUCGACUUAUGGAUAUUAAUAUUAUACUCAAAAUGGGCUUUUUUAUUCGUCAUUUACAUCAACACAUUCAAAAUUUAUAUCAUAAACAACAAUCUGAGAACAUGAACACAGCUGCUCCGUUCAAAGUUUAUCGUGAUCAAGGUUUAGCAUUAGAAGACUUUGAAAAAAUGAAAAAAAGCAUAAAUCAAUUAAUGUCUUUCAAUAAUUUUCUAUCAACAAGUCUCAAUCAGAAUAUUUCCUUUCCAAAAUUUGCACGACCAGCAGCAUUUAAUGAUCCCAAUAAAUUUGGCAUACUCUUCAUUAUGACUAUUGAUCCUGAUGUAUGUACAAAAUCAAAAAUUCCAUUUGCUGAUGUUAGUCAAGUUGGCUUUUUCGAAGGCCAAGAAGCCGAAAUUCUUUUUACAACACAUACAAUAUUUCGAAUCGAUAAAAUUCAACGAGUUCAUGACGAUCAUACUGGUCGUCUAUGGGAAGUCAAGCUUACUCUUGUGGGUAAUGAUAAUCACGAAUUAAACAAACUUACAGCACAAUUACGCCAAGAGUUCAAUUGGACAACAGGAUGGUCUCGACUUGGUCAUAUACUUCUUAAAGUGGGUGAGCCUGCAAAAGCAGAACAACUCUAUCAGAUUCUCCUCGAAAAGGCAUCUUCUGAUAAAGAGAGAUCGGAUUACAGUCAUCAACUUGAUUGGGUGUAUCGGAGUAUGGGCGAGUACUCGAAAGCACUUUCAUCGUACGAACGAUCACUUGAAAUCCGAAAAAUAGCUCUCCCUCCGAAUCAUCCCGACUUGGCUACUUCCUACAACAAGUAA